CGAUGCCGGAUGCGCCGAGGAUUCGUGACGAGCCCGGCGCUGCCAGCGGCAAGACCCGAGUGCAAGAAAGGUUCGACACUUGCCAGUGGAGAGGCCAGAGCGCACUCCCUUCGCAUUCCUUUACCACAGCAAGAACUGGCAGCUUGGAUUGGAUCUGGCAGAAGGAAGAAGGCUUUUUUGAAUUUCGAAGAGGCGCGUGCGUAUGUACGUGAACAAGGAAUCAAAAGUGCCAGCGAGUGGAUCCACUACAGCAGCACAGCGCGGCCACCAUGGAUACCGUCGACGCCCAGCGGCUACUAUAAGGGCAGAGGCUUCGUGGGUUUCGCUGAUUUUUGUGGCUACGCUCCGCGGCUUCGCAAGAGAGUUGCCACUCUGCACUGCCCUGAAGCUUUGGCACUGAGCCGCAAGCAAGCACGAUACCGCAUCACGCACGCGAUAUCUCUACAGGGGAUCGACCUUUUUGUUAAGACGAUGAAGAAAGUUGCACCCGAGAUGCGUUUCACAAUGGCUCCACGUAUGUCGCGCACGACCAUGCUUUACACGGUGGAUUCUGAUGGCAGAGGUCAACAGACCGAGCAGUGGGCGACCCUACUGGUGUUUUCUACGCAGACGUCGAGUGCGAAUUUGCACCGAGAAAAUGUACCAGAGACGGGGUCUGCGCCGAAUUCUACACAACCAUCGAAGCUGGCGCCACAAGACUCGUUCCACAAGUUCCUCAUGAGGAAGCGUGGUGCCCAUGGCGCUGGCAUCGUCGGUGUUAAUGUGCCGCAGAGCUUGUUCUUCGUGCGAGAUUUUUCGGAGCGUUAUCGACGUGCGGUGACAUCUCGGGAAGAAGCAGCUACCAUGAUCCAAUCUGUGCAACUGGCACUGGAAAAGCCAGAGUCUCAAUGUACUAGUCCAACGCAGAUAGGAAGGGGAAAAAGCAGGAAGCCUCAAAGGACGAGUAUCACAUUCAGAGAAUCACAGGCAGUGAGAUCGCCUCUCGACUUAGCAUUGCAGCUGAAAACAUGGUUCGAACAUGCGGAGAAGCGAGCCGCCCCGGACUGGUGGCGGGAUCUCGCAUCUACCGGCGGGGCACACCGUCUAAGCCAGAUGUGCCUCCGCGUUGUCAUGAAACAUGUGUACGGUCCGCUGCAGAUGAACGUAGAGGUACCACGACGCGAUGCGUGGACUUACAAUACUAUUGUUGGAGACGGGGUGAAGGUGCUCCACCGUAUGGGAAAACCCACUCCUGUCGCGGGAGGUAGCGGUUGCGAUGUUUACGUCGGAAAGCGGAACACACAAGCCACUGGAAUCAUUCCUUUUUCGACAGAAGACCCAAUCGAUGUACUUGUGGUUUACAUGUUGCGCCGACAGCAAGGACAGCCGUGCGACGUGAAAGAUGAUGUUCCACUCAAUGAAUCAGGCAUCCGCGGAAUCUUUGUCUUUCCGCGGUCGGUCCUGAUCCAGCACUUCGUGGAUCCAGCAGUUGGCAAUGAGGGCAGCACGCGGCUUGGCGUUUAUCAUCCGGAUGCGGUACCCCGUCGAACUUCACGAUAUUCCUUACGAAAAAAAGAGUUUGAACAGUACUUCAUUGAUUUCGAAAAAUUUCCUAAUUAUUAUGAUGUUGAUGCAAUCAUGCCAGAUGAAGAUCAGAAAAAAGCCGAAGCCUGCCAUGCAGAGCUAGAAAAGGUCCGGGAAAUCUUCGCGAAUGUUGUUAGAGAUAUAAAAACGACGGGUGACGACCCUCAUUCUACAUGUGCAUAACUGGCACGGAGAGUGAAGGCGAUCCGUAGCAUCUGAUCACGUG